GUUCCUGUGGCCAUGCAGUGAGGUGUCUAAUGGCCUUCAGAAGAGGACAUUCCAUGUAAGAAGUGAGUCUUAGAAGAGAAGAGCAGGCAGUUGAAGAGAGAGAAAAGAUUUACAACAAGCAUGUACGAACAACAGACUCACAUUAAGCAAGAGGAUUGUGAGUGGGGUGCCCUAGCAGAUUUAUGUGUGAAGUCGGAGGAAGGAAGAAUAUCGGUUUAUAAGGAGGAGGAGUCCAAGGAAAAGGUUUUUGAAAUAAAAGUUGAGGAUUCAGAAGAUUUUUCAGUUCUGCAAAAGCAUGAAACUGGAAAUGUUUUCAGACAAGAAUUUUGUGAAGAGUCUCCUUCCAGUUUUCAUCCCUGGUUCAAUAACACAGGACAAAUGGCUACCCAGCAGAAUUCUGUGGAACUGAAAUCUGAGUUAUUUGAGUCGGAAGAGAAAAUCAAUAAAGGCAAUGAGACAGAAACAGAAGAGCAGCAGUCAUCUAGGAGUUUUGGAAAAAAUUCACAGAAGAAUGGCAUCUUGUCCCCAUCUUCAUUUACUCAGUCCUAUCUUCAGUGCAGUCUGCAAUGCAAACAGGACCAGGAGCAAUUGAAGAAAUCUGCAAGUGAAUCAGAGAAUUUAAUGCCAUCCUGUUUGCAGUUUGGGUCUCUUCCUAUUAUCAGACUAAGAAGAAUAAAAGCCAGCAGCCCUAAUCAACAAGUGGAGAAGGAUAUUAUCCAUACUGUAGCAAAACUCUGUUGCUGUUCUGAAUGUGGCAAACAAUUCUUUGACAGUAGUGCUCUUCAAAAGCACACACACAUUCAUACAGAAAAGAAGCCAUUUGGCUGUUCAGAAUGUGGUAAGCAAUUCUCUGGCAGUAGUGCUCUUCAAAAGCACACACAUAUUCAUACAGAAGAGAAGCCAUUUAGCUGUUCUGAAUGCGGUAAAAGAUUUUCAUACCCCAGCAGUCUUCAGAGUCACAAAAGAAUUCACACUGGAGAAAAACCUUAUAACUGUACUGAAUGUGGCAAACAAUUCUCUGAAAAUAGUGCUCUUCAAAAGCACACACACAUUCAUACAGGAGAGAAACUCUAUUGUUGUUCUGAAUGUGGCAAACGAUUCUUACACCCAAUCUGUCUUCGAAAACAUUCAAGAAUCUACACUGGAGAGAAAACAUAUCCUUGCUCUGAAUGUGUCAAAGGAAUUUCUGACAAUCGGUCUUUUCAACAAUAAACAAAAACUCAAACCACAUUAAUG